AUGUUAAAGUACGAUCCCCGUGCUUCAGGUUCGUUCCAGGUAUUUGGGGUGCCCGAGGUGGUAGACAAUCUCUUGCAUAAUACGUUCCCGGAUAUCAAAGAACCCACGAUGGACCAGAAGGCAAUGCUCAGUGUGUUAAAUUCCAACCUCUCCAUCAUCACGAGACAGGGCCCGGGCACGGGCAAGUCGCUUGCGGUGAUGUUGCACGCGCUAUCGAUGCCGCGGAACUUUGUGGUCAAGUGGGAUAAUGUCAACAUGUCCCACUACAGGAGACAAGACAUUUCAUACUUGAUUCUCGCGCCGAACGACAACGCGGUGCGGUACUACGAAGAGACACUUGACAGGCUCAUUUCAUCCUCAGACACCAAGGCGGAGGUGCCGAAGAACAUGAUUUUCCAGGCACUCUAUGGGGAAAACACAGCGGAAAACCUCCCUCGGGGAUUUAAGGACUUUCAACACCCGCACAUCUUGGUCGCAACACCCAAGACAGUCUUGUGGCUCUUGCACAAGAACGCAGAGCUCGUUAAUUUCAGAAACUUAAAAUGUGUUGCCUUUGAAAAUGCCGAGGAGUUGUUCACAAGCAAGACCCAGCUCGUACAAAUGGGUUUGAAGAAGCGCCACGAGUACGCCGCCACUGCCUUGCUCAAGCAGAUCAUCUACGUUCAGCGCCAGGAGACGAUGUGGGUCGAGCAGUACAAAAUUCACAGGCCCGUCUGGCCCCUCCAGUUUGCCUUCAUGUGCACCCCAGAUGGGUACGACGCGGUUAAAAAGACGAUCGAAGAGCAGGCGUGGUGCCGUGAGCGUGCGGUGGCGCCUAUGGGCGCAGCACUCACGCAGGAGGGCUCCGACUACGUACGCACGCUUUUCCCAAAGAAAGUGGAUGUGAGCAUUAUGAAAGCGGUGAAAACUGAACUGGGCGUUUCGGUGUGCGACAUCAACGCGCCAGCCUUCCCCACAGGCUACAAGCUUAAUAAGUUGGUCCACGACGAAAAUUUUGUAUCCUUCGACGAGCAGUAUAUCGGUCACAGACGCCACGUGGCAAAGGACUCCCAACGGGUAAAGUUACCGGACUAUUUGCUAGACUGUGUUAAAACGGUUACUGAUAGGGUCUUUGAAAAGUCGGAUGAGCUUUGGAACGGGGGAAAGACGUUGAUUAUUGUUCCAGAAUGCAUCCCAUUGCCGGCAUUUACCGAGGUUCUCGCAGGAAAAGGCGUUGAAGUUACACCGCUUGAGCGGUUUACGCCCGCGGUACACGCCUUCUUCACUCCCACAAAUGACUCCAGCAGGCACUUACUUGCUCAUAUGUCCCAGCUCAAGGGAGUUCCGUUGCCGAACCUAUCAACCAUCAUCACCGUGGGUGUGGAUGCGAUUGCCGACAACCGCGUGCUUGUGGAGCUCGCGGGCUUUACGCGUAAUGAGCUUGGGUUGCACCAGCAGCGAGUCUACAAGCCCGUACAUAAAAACAAAGCGUACCAGAGCUUUGACAUUUCGGAGAAGCAGAGUCGAGACGGAAAGAUGGGGCGCAUUAUCCAUAUUGUCCCUGGGGUUGAUUUGCGCGACCCUGAGAAGUUGAACAUGGGCCGUUCGUUGAUCAAGGCCGGUGUUGGGUCGCUUGUCCGGUUCGGAGAUGAAGUCCUCGCGACGGAAAAGGAUAUUAUUUUCGGCGAGGAGCAUUUUGAGGAAGAAUAA